CGUGUCAAAGUUCACUAUAUAGAGAGCUCAGUGAGCUGAUCAGAGAGAAAGCAUUCUGCCAGCCCGGCUCCUACCAAUCGCAAAUCACUUCCUAACCUCCGCCUUUUUAACAUAUUUGAUCACUUUGAUUCUCCGCUGCUUUUUCCUAUUAUUUUUCAACGCACGGAGGAGGUUUUGUAGGUUGUGAUCUUUGUUUUUUUUUUUUUUUUUUUUUUUUUUCCUUUAGGUUUCUUGUUUUUACUGCUUUUGGUUUUUGGAGGGGGAAGAGAGUUGUCUUCAUAUCCCAAGCUCUCAAAACACAGAGCUUCAGCUGCGCGCUUGCUUGGCGCAACCUCACAAGGAGAAACGGGAAGAAGGCGCUGCUUAUUUUGAUUUUUCUGUCAUCAUUUGGCUGGUUUUCUUCAAGACUUGUGCUGGAACUUGAUAGUAGAGCUGCUACAGUGUGUGUGUUCAUGUGUGUACUGCUGUUGGGAGCCUGCUCCAUCAUACCCAGAACAGUCCCAUGCUACCUCGGUUGGUUCUUUUUGACAUAUUCAGCCUACCUUUCCUCCCAUUGAUGGGUGUGCUGGAUGGCUGACUGUAAGCGCCCCUGGACUUGGCCUUUAAGCGCAAGGCAGCCGCUCAGCUCGCCGUCGCAUCAGUUUUGAAAGCGUGCCUCCUCGGCCGUCUCCAACAGCAAUAAAACCGACAGUUUUCGGGAGAUCCGGAGUGGAUCCAAACGCCAGGCUGUUACAGUCCCCCGAGUUUUUCCUUGAGACAUUCUCCACCGCGGGCAGCAAACACGGCAGACAAAAAGUUUCUCUCCGUUGACUGAUAGAUAUGGCAAUGGUAGCGUGGAGAGGCUCCCAGGACGAUGUGGCUGACACCCAAGGCGCCCUUUCCUCGCAGACCCAAGGAGGACUAUCCCUUCCCACCCCUCAGCCGGGCCAGCUGAACCUGACAGCCUCCCAGAUCGCCCCUCCGACCCCUCAGACUCCGGUGCAGGGACCCCCGAACAACGCGCAAUCCACGCCGACGAACCAGACGUCGCAGCAGCAGUCGGAGAAGCAGCCGCAGCACAUCGAGUGCGUGGUGUGCGGGGACAAAUCUAGCGGCAAACACUACGGCCAGUUCACCUGCGAGGGCUGUAAGAGCUUCUUCAAGCGGAGCGUACGGCGGAACCUCACUUACACAUGCCGUGCCAACAGGAAUUGUCCGAUCGACCAGCACCACCGCAAUCAGUGUCAGUACUGCCGCCUCAAAAAAUGCCUUAAAGUCGGCAUGAGACGGGAAGUUUCUCUUUUUACUGCAGCCGUGCAAAGGGGACGGGUGCCACCCACACAGCCACACCACGGUCAGUUCGCCUUGACAAAUGGAGACCCACUCCACUGCCAUUCCUACUUAUCCGGAUAUAUCUCUCUUCUGCUGAGAGCGGAGCCCUACCCGACGUCCCGCUACGGCAGCCAGUGCAUGCAGCCCAAUAACAUCAUGGGCAUCGAGAACAUUUGCGAGCUGGCGGCCAGGAUGCUCUUCAGCGCCGUGGAGUGGGCCAGGAAUAUUCCCUUCUUCCCGGACCUGCAGAUCACAGACCAGGUGGCUCUGCUGAGGUUGACGUGGAGUGAGUUAUUCGUACUCAACGCCGCACAGUGCUCCAUGCCCCUGCAUGUGGCUCCUCUCCUAGCAGCGGCUGGCCUCCACGCCUCCCCAAUGUCGGCGGACAGAGUGGUGGCCUUUAUGGACCACAUUAGGAUCUUCCAGGAGCAAGUGGAGAAGCUCAAAGCUUUGCACGUUGACUCUGCCGAAUAUAGCUGCUUAAAGGCAAUUGUGCUCUUCACCACAGAUGCUUGUGGCCUCUCAGAUGUGGCCCAUGUGGAAAGUUUGCAGGAGAAGUCCCAGUGCGCCCUGGAGGAAUAUGUCCGGAGCCAGUAUCCCAACCAGCCAACACGGUUUGGGAAGUUGUUACUCCGCUUGCCUUCCCUCCGCACAGUCUCUUCCUCGGUCAUAGAACAGUUAUUUUUCGUCCGAUUGGUAGGUAAAACCCCCAUUGAAACUCUCAUCAGGGAUAUGUUGCUGUCGGGGAGCAGUUUUAACUGGCCUUACAUGUCAAUUCAGUAAAAACCAGGAAAAGAGACGAACUUGAACGAGAAAAAAAAAUGUAGGGGGGCUCUGAAGGUGUGUGUGUGCGGGGGAGGGGGGGUUCAUUGAUUAUAGCUGCUUUUGUGGAAGGAUUUAAAAACGGCUGUUACACGGGGCUGGCUUUCAUGAAGAAAGACAUAAAUGACUGUGAAUUCAACCCCCACCCCUCUACUCUGAGAGAAAAAAGAAAAAUUAAGACAUCCAACUGAACUUUCAAAAUACAAGCUCCCACAGUGUUCAGCAAGAACAACAUGCUCCUAUUCAUUUUUUUAAUGAAAGAAGAAAAUGAGGAAAAAAAGAAGGGAUUUUUUUGUUGAUCCUUAUGAAAAAAAAUUAAGUAUUAAGUGCAUUUAAAAUGGAAAAAAAAAUUGGGUUAAAAAAAGAAAAAAAAAAGUUAAGAAAGGGGAAAAAAUUCAUUUUCUGAAAUGACCUGUCCUGUGUCCAUGUAUAGCUGUGUUUUUGUACUUUCUUUGUUCCUCUUUUCUGGUUACAAACCGGCCUAUGUGAUUUCUGUAGUUCAGGUGAUGUUAUUUUUUAAGACAAUGAUUUAUUUUAAAAAUGGUGAAAUAAUGUAAAGAAAUAAAUAAUAAUAAAAAAAACAAACAAAAGGUUCUAAAAAGAAUUAAAACCACAGCAAUAGGAGAAUAGGCUUAAUGCUGCAAGCGCACUUAUACACUUAGGAAGACCAAUACCAUGUGGGGCAAAACUAGGGAGGUGUUGAACUUUAUGACCCAUAUUUUCAUUAUUUUGUGCUAUUAUGAAGUUACAGGAGCUGUUUUUUUUAUUUUUUUUAUUUCUUUUCUUACUAAAGAAACAUUGAAUCUGUUUGCAUGUUUCAAUCAACCCCUCUCCCCCCACUGCCCAUCUCAUCCAGCUGCAAAUAUCAGGCAUUACGUCUUCAAAUUGGACGCACCUAAAAGGAAACUUUUAACAUUUAUUAAAUUUGUUAUAUUUACAAGUCUACAAGGCCUGCUGCUAUAGAGGCAAACCAAUACCACUGAAGAGCAACAGAAAGCAUAACCCGGCUUGUUGUUGAAAAAGAAGUUGGAGAGGUCAAGGGGUCAUAAAAGUUUUGAAGCAGGGCCAGAGCAGCGUUUAAUAGCAGUAUUAUCAAAGCCUCCCUGAAAUGUCACCCUUUAUUCACUUCUAGCAUUAAGUGCCUGACAAGAGCAUGAUGUGAUUUCUUAUCAAAACCUUGUUAAAAGUAGGCCUACAGAAUUAUUUUGUUUUGAUUUUUUUUUUCUUUUCUUGUUCAGAGAAUGGGAAGGGGGGACGGAAGAAAAUUAGAUUUCAGUCUAAUUUCAGUCGAGUUUCACUUG